AUGGUCGAUUACGAGGUGACCGUCUACACUGGCGAACGCGUUAACGCCACCACCUUGAACAACGUGCACAUUAAACUUGUGGGCGAGUAUGGUGAAAGUGACCGCACUUGGCUGAAUUCUUUGUACAUCUGCGCUGGAUCAGUGUCUACUUACACUGUUUCCUGCCCAAACUCCCUUGGACAACUGAUACUGAUAGAGCUAGACAAACGACCACGCCUCCUUUGUCCCGAUGAUGCUUGGUUCCCUGAUAAGGUAGAAAUCAAAAGUCAUGAGGGCGACAUCUACACUUUUCCUGUCUAUUGCUGGCUCAGUGACAGUGAGACGCACCGCUUUAGGGAGGGCAAAGCCUUAAGGAUCUUUGAUGAAACCAGCCCUCUCGGUAAAUAUGCGAGAAAGAAUGAGCUGAUUCAAAGAAGUGAAGACUAUAGCUGGAGUGUGUACGCCCCAGGUGUGCCCCACACCAUUAAGGCAGAUGGUCCUAUGAGCUUGCCUGCUGAAGUGCAGUUCUCCUUUACCAAAGAAAUUGAGUUUGGUUACACAGCGUUGACAGGGUUGGCUGAGCUUGAGCUAAAAGGACUGACUGACAACCACGAAAAUUGGAAAAAUCUUGACCAUAUCAAGGAUGUGUUCUGUGAGAGACAUACUCAUUUGUCAGUUUAUGCCAGGAAGCACUGGGAAGAGAAUUGGUUUUUCGCAUACCAGUUUCUAAACGGCAUCCAUCCCACUUUGAUUCGACGAUGCUUUGAGCUGCCCAAGAAUUUUCCGGUGACAGAUGACAUGGUCUUCAUCCCCAAAGGCUCAAACUUGACUAAAGAGUUGAAGAAAGGCAACAUAUACCUGUGUGACUACAAAAACCUAGAUGGAAUGCCAGCCAACACCAUACAAGGGAUUCAGCAGUACUUUAUGGCUCCUCUUGUCUUGCUUCAUCAAACAGACGACAGGCUAAAGCCUAUUGCCAUUCAGCUGAAGCAAAUUCCAGGUGAAGACAACCCCAUAUUUGCCCCAACGGACUCUAAACACGACUGGCAGUUGGCGAAGACUUUUGUGAGAAGCGCAGAUUUCCAGGAACACCAGAUCAACGCACAUUUGCUGCGCACUCAUUUGCUGUGUGAAGUUUUUGCUGUUUCACUGCUACGCAAUCUGCCCAGGGUGCACCCCCUAUACAAGCUCCUCAUACCCCACACUCGCUACACUCUACAGAUCAAUGUAAUGGCACGCAAAGCCCUGAUAGGACCCACUGGAGUCUUCACCCUGUUUGCAGCUUCUGGUGGAGACUCUUUGAACAAGCUAUUGGCAAGAUCGCUGUCCUCGAUCACCUACAGGUCCCUUUGCAUCCGUGAAGACAUUGUCGAUCGCGGCAUGCAAGAUGUGCCACACUACUACUACAGAGAGGAUGGAUUCAAACUUUGGGACAUCAUGUUCAAGUUUGUGCAGGACGUGAUACAGUACUACUACAAAAGUGAUGACCAGGUCCAGCGAGACACAGAACUUCAGACAUGGAUUGGGGACAUUUAUGAGCAGGGCUUCCUUUCCCAGUCACAAACAGGAAUCCCUAAGAGUUUCGCCACUGUGCCUGAACUGGUCAAGUUUGUCACUAUGGUGAUGUUUACAGGCUCAUGCCAACAUGCAGCUGUAAACAACGGACAGUUCGACUACGGUGGCUGGAUGCCCAACACCCCUGCCACACUGCAGUACGAACCACUGACUAAAAAGGAGAUGACAACCGAGGCCAGAAUGCUAAAGACGUUGCCUGUUAUCAACGUAACAGCUCAGGGAAUGGCAACGGUCUGGCUGCUCAGCAAACAGUCCUCAGACUUUGUUCCCCUUGGACACUACCCAGAGGAACAUUUCACUGAAGCGACUCCUCGACAGAUGCAAAAGGAUUUUAAAGCCCAGCUUGACGCGCUGUCGAUCAUGAUCAACAACAGAAACGAACAUCUGAAAAUCCCUUACACAUACCUUGAUCCAAAGAACAUAGAGAACAGUGUGGCAAUCUAA